GUGGGUUUUAGUCCUCAGUGUCUAGCUUCACCAUAGGUUCAGACACCUGAGAUGGCGAACGGGAACGGUGGUGAUAAACAAAUGCAAGAACGCAUUCGGUUGAGAGUAGUAGACGGGAGGGUGCGUACUGUUGUUGUGAAUGUUCUGUCGAAAAAAAUAACAGCACAUGUGCAGCAGAAUCGGUAACCGAAGAUCUUCAUAACCGGAUUACGAGAGUUGACUUCAAUUGGAAGCUCGUCGUCAGUCGUCUUCAGACUCGUUUUAUGUGUCGUGAGUGAAAUAAGGAAAACAUGACGGAGCUAAGAAAGAGAGGAAGAGGAGGAGGAGGAGGGGAUCCUGACAGCCUUAGUGACAAGGAGGCAGAUGGAGAGGACAGACUGGGUCUGCCUGGUGAGGCCGGAGGAGACUGUGACGGAGAGUACAAGGCAGACACCCCAUCCGUUCCUCCCUCCACAGCAGACAACACUCCACAGUUCCUCAAAGAGGCUGUGGAGGGCCUCAACCCCAGAUGGAAGAACUGCUGUAUUCGAGGGGUUCUAUCCAUGGCCAUGAUAUCAGGAUUCUUCAUGAUGAUCUACCUGGGACCUAUCAUGCUCAUAGUAGUGGUGAUGACCAUCCAGAUCAAGUGUUUUCAGGAGAUCAUAGAGAUCGGAUACAGAGUCUACCAUUCCUACGAGCUGCCCUGGUUCAGGACACUCAGCUGGUACUUCCUGAUUUGUGUGAACUACUUCUUCUAUGGUGAGACAUUGGCGGAGUACUUUGGUGCGUUGGUGCAGAGAGAAGAACCGCUCCAGUUCCUGGUCCGAUACCAUAGAUUUAUCUCCUUCGCCGUUUACCUGGCAGGUUUCUGCAUGUUUGUUCUGAGUUUAGUGAAGAAGCAUUAUCGCCUGCAGUUUUACAUGUUUGCGUGGACCCAUGUGACCCUACUGAUAGUGGUGACUCAGUCUCACUUGGUCAUCCAGAACCUGUUUGAAGGAAUGAUCUGGUUCCUCGUCCCUGUCUCCAUAGUGAUCUGCAAUGACAUCAUGGCCUACCUGUUUGGUUUCUUCUUUGGCAGAACACCACUCAUUAAGCUGUCUCCCAAGAAGACGUGGGAGGGAUUCAUAGGAGGGUUCUUUGGAACCCUGGUCUUUGGAUUCAUACUGGCAUACCUGCUAGCUCAGUUCCAGUAUUUUGUCUGUCCCGUGGAAUACAACAGCGAGACCAACCGCUUCACUGCGGAGUGUGAACCCUCGGACAUCUUCGUGAUGCACGAGUACACAUUGCCCUUCACUGUCCAGAGCAUCCUCAGAUGGAAAACGGUGAACAUCUACCCAUACCAGAUCCACAGCGUGGCGCUCUCCACCUUCGGCUCUCUCAUUGGUCCUUUCGGAGGAUUCUUCGCCAGCGGAUUCAAACGAGCGUUCAAGAUUAAAGACUUUGCAGACACCAUCCCUGGUCACGGAGGCAUCAUGGAUCGCUUCGACUGUCAGUAUCUGAUGGCUACCUUCACUCACGUUUACAUAGCCAGCUUCAUCAGAGGUCCCAACCCCAGCAAGGUGUUACAGCAGCUGUUGGUCCUGCAGCCAGAGCAGCAGCUCAGUAUCUUUAACGCCAUGAGAGAUCGCCUGAGAGACAGGGGAAUACUGCCCCCUGCUGCCACGGAGGCCAUGUAGAACACACACGCAAGAGGGGGAGAGUGUAUGUGUGUGAGAGAGAGGAAGAGUUUGGCUGUGUGUGUGUGUGUGUGUGUGUGUGUGUGUGUGUGUGUGUGUGUGUGUGUGUGUGUGUGUGUGUGUGUGUGUGUGUGUGUGUGUGUGUGUCUGAGAGAGAUUCUUUGGCUACUUGUGUGUGGCCUACACCUUCCAGACACUCAUCCCUCAUCUGCCCAGCAUCUAUUUUUUUUUCUUGUUUUUAACCAGUCAUUACUGUGAACUAAGAUGUUGCUCCCAGCAUCAAGGAGUUACCAAUAACAGCAACAAGAACAACACGUUCAGACUGUCAUAGCUACCACUGGGACCUGCAUGAGUACCUGAGUACCUAACUACACAAACAAACUGCAUCAACCGACCGUUAUGCUACCAAGCUAGCUAGCAGCAGCAUCAACCAACUGUUAUGCUACCAAGCUAGCUAGCAGCAGCAUCAACCGACCGUUAUGCUACCAAGCUAGCUAGCAGCAGCAUCAACCAACUGAUAUGCUACCAAGAUAGCUAGCAACAGCAUCAACCAACUGUUAUUCUACCAAGCUAGCUAGCAACAGCAUCAACCGACCGUUAUGCUACCAAGCUAGCUAGCAACAGCAUCAACCGACCGUUAUGCUACCAAGCUAGCUAGCAACAGCAUCAACCGACCGUUAUGCUACCAAGCUAGCUAGCAACAGCAUCAACCAACUGUUAUUCUACCAAGCUAGCUAGUAGCAGCAUCAACCAACUGUUAUUCUACCAAGCUAGCUAGCAACAGCAUCAACCGACCGUUAUGCUACCAAACUAGCUAGCAGCAGCAUCAACCGACUGUUAUGCUACCAAGCUAGCUAGCAACAUCAUCAACCAACCGUUAUUCUACCAAGCUAGCUAGCAGCAGCAUCAACCAACUGUUAUGCUACCAAGCUAGCUAGCAGCAGCAUCAACCGACUGUUAUGCUACCAAGCUAGCUAGCAGCAGCAUCAACCGACUGUUAUGCUACCAAGCUACCAAGCUAGCUAGUUAAAGACUAAAGGCUGCGUUGCUCUGAACAGAAUGUCUUCCUAAACAAAAUGGAUCCUAACUAAGCACACAGGUAGGGGACAGUGGGUGACUGACUGACUAGCUGGCUGACGGUUUCUCUGUGGAUGUACGGAGAAUAUUGCACUGAUUUUUAGCUGACUUGAAGGAAGAACCGUAGUAAAGCUAUUACAAUACAAGGCUAUCGGCAUAUCCUGGGUUAGUCUUGUUGUAUUCACUAGACACCAAACGGAGGAAAACGGACUGAAAACAGAGAGGGACACGACCUGAAUUUGUCCAACAACAAAAGCCUGUUUUUUUUAUUUUUUUGACUUUCUGUUGUGUAGUGCUACGGUGUGAAAUACGACCCAGAGGACAAACAUUUUCAAGAUACUAAAUACACUUGACUUAGGCUUUGGCCGUUUAGUAUGAUCUGUCUAUCAGAGAUAAUGGUCUUCACUAAACUUAAUAAUAGAACUUAUUUUUUAAAUGAUAAAAAUUGAAAACAUUAAGCAUGUUUCUAUCGUUCAUUACUGCUGAAAACAUUUUUUUUUUUUCUCCCCUCUAUGAACUUGUUUUAGGUUCUAGAUAUAUACCUGGCAAUUGACCUCACCCUUGAUAUAGAUAGAGCUUGUGUGUAAAGCUUGGAUGUAAACAAACAAACAAACAAACAAACAAACACAGUAGCUAUAGCAACCAGCACACUGUUCUGAUUUCCAAUGUAUUACUGUACAUAGAAUAUAUCAUAUAUUUAGCUGAACAAAGACCUAAUAUAAAAUCUGUGACUUGUCAAAAUAUACUAUUAUGAUAGCCCUAUUACAAACAAAACAAUUACAUGGGAUGAUAUAUAUACAUAGUGUACAAAACAUUAAGAACGCCUUCCUAAUAUUGAGUUACACCCCUCCCUUUUCCCCUCUGAACAGCCUCAAUUCGUCAGGGUCAUGGACUCUACAAGGUGUCGAAAGCGUUCCACAGGGAUGUUGGCCCCAUAUUGACUCCAAUGCUUCUCACAGUUGUGACAAGUUGGCUUGUGGUCCUUUGGGUGGUGGACCGUUCUUGAUACACACGGGAAACUGUUGAGCGUGAAAAACCCAACAGCGUUACAGUUCUUGACACAAACCGGCGCACCUGACACCUACUACCAUACCCCGUUCAAUAGGCACUUCCAAUAUUUUGUCUUGCCCAUUCACCCUCUGAAUGGCACACAUACACAAUCCAUGUCUCAAGGCUUAAAAAUCCUUCUUUAACCUGUCUCCUCCCCUUUCAUCUACACUGAUUGAAGUGGAUUUAAUGUCAAUAAGGGAUCAUAGCUUUCACCUGGAUUCACCUGGUCAGUCUGUCAUGGAAAGAGCAGGUGUUCUUAAUGUUUUGUACACAUAAGUUGAACUGGUGUCUGCUGCUGUGGGAACAUGUGGGGUAACUUAAAAAUUUACUUGAGAUUGUGAGGAAAUAAUUUUGUGCUUCCUUCCUGUCUAGCCUGUUAACCAAUGAGUUUAGUUGCACUGUAUUUGUAAUCCAGUGUCCAUUCCAACUCACUUGAGCUGAGCCACUCCUCAACGGUUCCAAUAUUCUACUUCUUACUAGACUCAAUGUUUUGUCAAACUGUAAAGAACAAUAUUUUAGAAGUCUACGUAUUUGUUGGAAUUGCUCUUAAAGGGGUUAGAAAUUAUUUAAUUAAAAGGUAGUAUGCAAGUGGUAACAUUUGAUGUUAGGAUUACAGUGUGAGACGAAGUACAGUAGGGGGUGUGUAUGUGUGUAUAUAUAAUACAUAUAAAAUAUAUUAUAUUCAGAAGAAUAGUUGUAUCUUUCAGCAAUAUUUUAACUUUAAUAUGCAAGGUUUGAUUUGAAUCGAUGACGAUAAUAUGGAUGGGAUUUCUGUGUUGGGCUGGUAUUCAAUCAAACACACAGUACAGGAAAAACUGCACUGUGGAAAAGCAUUACUACUGCGCAAAACUUGAAAAACACCAUUUUAAGUAAUGUGAUUCAUAGACAAUGUUUACUGGGUGAAGAAAGAAUCAGAAAAUAAAACUCACUUUGAUUUGAAUGAGUUUUCCUGAUUAUUAUAUAUUUUUUUCCGUCUUGUCUUUGAUUGAAUCGAACCCAUCUGUUCUGAUUAACAGAGAGAGAGAGAGAGAUCCUUCCUGAAACGUUUACCAAAGCACGGUCCAAAUUUUAGAACCACUGACUGACUCCUUUAAUGAAUGAUACAGUAACUCCUAGCCUGGAUAAACCAGACCUGAAAGCUGGUGAGCGCAGCGUUCCAAUCUGGGUUCACCAGGCUAAGCAACUCCCAUGGCCGAGUCCCAAACAGACGGAGACCUCCUUUGCUCUCCCUUGGCCCUUGUUCAACCCCUAUAGCUGAUCUGAAAGGAUCUAGUGUGGGCAAGAGAGGGGUUUUUGUUUAGUUUGGGAUAAGGCCUAAGUACUGUAGGAGCCUAGCCUGGUUCCAGAUGUGUUUGUACUGCCUUGCCAUCUAAUCAUUAUCACAAGAUAUUAAAAUGGUCGUAGGAGUUGCAGGAACUCCCUUUUUAUGAACUGUGUGUGACCUGUGUACAGUAAUGCCUGUCUGUCACGUUGUCCUGUUCUCAGUACCUAUCCGGUUAUUGUUGGGUAUGUCCUACUGGCAAACCAAAAGGAAAUUAGCCUGGUUCCAGAUCUCAUUGUGUUGUCCUAGUGUAAACUCCUAUAGCAUGUCAUUGUCACGCUGCUGUAGGAGUUCACAGGACACCACAAACAGAUCUGAGACCAGGCUGAAAGGAAAUGGAACAUCUGCUGUGUUGAUUUGAUUCUCCAGGUUUUUACUAAUUAAAUUGAUUUCCUCCAGAA